AUGACCACCACCCUCCAGCCCAACUUGAUCCACAACUCCCAGUUUCAGUCUUCCACCCCCUUCAACAGAACGAGCUGUCUCACAUCCCCUCUCAGCGCGCAGGCCACCACCCCCCGAACGCCCUCCAUCCGUUUCGCACCCCUGCCCGAUCCACGUGCCAGCCGGGCUAACGUUCCUGGGGGAUUUGGCGGAUCUGACGUCUGGUGGUCGAGGGAGGAGAAAGCGGAUGGAACGUGGGGCGAUUAUCGACUGGUCGUCCGGAGGCCAAACGGUGAAAUCAUCGCCAUCGACGACCUCGCCCUCGGCUCCCACGAACGCACCCAAGCACUCGAAACCUAUCGCCAACAGCAGACCCGAAUAACAGCCCCAGCUCUCAUCAAGCAACCCAACAAUAACAAUACUAACAAUUGCCCAGAUUCCAACGAUCCCUCAAUUCGCCCAUCUCACAAUGGAUCUCAGACAGGAGAGCCCUCAAACCCCCCCGAUCAGAGCACAUCAUCUCAAUCCGAAAGCCGAUUCGCCAAACUCCUGCCCCCUCUCGUCACCCAGUCCUCGAUUCCCACCAGCACCACUCCAGCCGUCUCUCUACUGACACCUGCCGGAUCAGGUGGUCCAUCGAUUCCUCUAACCCUAACUCGAACGACCUCCCGGGAGUCUACCUACUCGAACCACUCCACCGGUUCAAAUUACAAGGCAGGCUCAUCAUCCUCACUCACCCGAAAAUUCAUCGAGGCCAUGAAGAAGCCACUCGCCAGGCACUCACAUCGACUCACCCCAACAAACAGUCUCCCGAUCAGCUGCGGUGAUCUCGGAGGAGACUCCCAUCAUGGGGUACCCCUAUGCAAGAGUCGCUCAGACGAGUCAAGCGGCAGUGUCCUCAGAGGAUUCACCUUUGGGCGCUUGAAGAAACAUCCUAGUGCUCAACUCUUGCGCAGAACACGCUCCAAAGAUGAAACCACCUUUGUCCAUCCGAGUCAGAUCCCUCUCGACGAACCGCCAACCCGGCGUAGAUCGAACUACCCGCCCGUUGCCCAACGGAAGGCUCACAUGGGAGGCGGCCGGGGCGGAGCAGGCAAACUGACACUGACGGAGGAGCCCGACUUUGUCGAAUGGAAACCGGCAGCCGCUGCGCCCUCGCCCGGCGGUGUGGAUGCCCCUCGCCAAGUGACCGGCUCGGUUGAUGACGAUGGAAGCGGGAUGGCCUGGCUACGCAAGCGUAAGAGAGAACGAGAGGAGCGGGCCCAACGGGAGGAGGAAGAGCGUCUACGAGAGCUCCGGAACUCUUCGACACUCAUCCCGUCCUCAUCAACAACAGCCGAUCAGUCAGUGGCCGGCACUGGCCCCAAUCCGAUCUUCCCUAUCAGAGAGGAAGACAAGCCGGAGGAUGACCGGGCCUCCACGUCGAGCUCGAUCUCCCAGUCAUCCAUCCUCUCCCGAGACGGACCGCAGCGGUCCGCUGGCACCCGAACAUCAACUAGCUCGGCAACCGACAGCUCCAAGCAUUCGGUCGCAGACGAUGAGGACCUGAACGAGGAAGAACUCAGAGAGGAGGAACGACUCAAGCUCCUCGUGCUUGCUCAGUCGCCCUUUGUCCGAGGUGCUACCGAGGUUUACAGAGAUCGUGAACAUCAUCAAGUGAUGAAGAAACCUUCGGAACUCACCAAGCAAAGAAAACCUAAUCCGUUGUUCCCCUCCUCACCCUGA